AACAUUUCCGUAUGUACAUUAUCUAUUUAGAAAUAUCCAAAAAAUGUAGGGCAUGAUAAUAAUUAUCCUGAAAUAUUAAAUCAAAUCAAGAAUGAAGAGUUUGAUUUAAUUGUGGGGAAAUAUGUACUUCCGGUUCUAAUUUGGCGAACGAGACACGUUCUGAAUCAGACAGUCCAUCUUAAAAUAAACCGAUUUACUUACUACUAUCGCUUGUUGUUCUAGAGAUGGCUAUAACAUCAGACCAUAUACGUGACAAACUUCUAAAGGAGCUCACUGCAGAACACGUGGACGUGGAGGACACAUCACCCAAUAGAUGUGCAGCCAGCUUUAAAGUGCUUGUGGUCUCCUCCCAAUUUGAGGGCAAACCACUGUUACAGAGACACAGGAUGGUCAAUAGCUGUUUAGCGGAGGAGCUCAAAGAUAUCCACGCCUUUGAACAGAAGACCCUAACACCGGAGCAGUGGGAGAAACAAAGGCCAAAAUAACUCACCAUACAUUGUGUGUGUUGUUCCACUUCCCAUCAGUUGCUAAUGUGCAGACAACAGAAAUGCAUUUCAGUAUCCUGCUGGCAAUAAAAAACAACUAA